UCAGCUUAUAUGUAGCUCUUGAAGGGCGCAGUCUCUCCAUUCUCGUUUGACUAUCGUUCAUCGUUUCUGCCAUCAUUGGAAUUAGCUGGCUCACGCUUCAUCUUCUUCCGCUCCGCUUACGCGUCGCUUUGAUCUAUUCAGCUGGAAAACCCCCCCGGAGUGCUGUUUUCAAUUUCCCUCAUGGAGCGGACACCGCAAUCCCUUCGAUCAUCCGACUCAGUGUCCCCUUAUCAUCAGUCAAGGAGGCGUGUUGCAGCAUUUCCUUUCGACUCCUCCCAUCCCACAUCGCCCCAGAACACGGCUAAGCAUGCUCCUCAAGGGCAGGAGAGAGGCCUCGGCCUAUAUGGCUAUUCCAUGGCUCCUACGACGUCUCCUCUCCCGGCUAAUAUACUUCCACCUUCACCGCAACCGACUGAAUACUGGUCACGACAACCAAUUCCAGAGCAAAACCUGGUCUAUCAUACUCAAGGUCCACCUGAUGUCUUCUCCGAAGCUUAUGAUCCGUUUGCAUCACUGUCAGGAGCGCCUGCUGAAAGCUUCAUGCGCUCCGCCUAUAAUCCUCCCCCCCAGCCCGCUACAGAAUAUCGAAAUGCCGAUAAUCUCCAGUCGCAGAGGUCAUCGGUGUCCUCCGGCCCGGCUUCAGAUAUCUAUUCCCAAGUAGGAUCUGAUCUGGGCUACAGCACGUCGACAAUUCAUCCCAAGGUUAAGGUGGAAGAUCCGAACGACUGGUUCCCCGUCACCAGUACAAGUCUCCCAGCUGCCUUUCCUAAUCACAACCUCAUAACUGCUCCCCAAGCCUCUUUUCCCACCCCCAUUGAAGGGCAUUCUGCGGCUCGAACAAUUCCACCGUCUCUCUCAGAGUACGAAGCGCUCGACGAAGACGACCGGCCGUAUUUCGGGCGGAACUACAAAGAGCACUCAACCGGAUUUCAGGACCUGGAAGCCGAGCGAUAUGAAUACGAUCGCCCACUCAUUACGUGCGUGGCGAGGACUCGAAAGAGGCGGCAACUCACAACACCGGCCGAGGCAAAUCAUGAAUGUCGAAUCUGCGGGAAAUUAUUUGGAAGGAGCUACAAUUAUAAAGCCCACAUGGAAACACACGAUCCCGCUCGCGUCUACCCACAUCCUUGUACAGUCAAGAACUGUACAAAGAAGUUUGUGCGAAAGACGGACCUACUACGCCAUCAAGACAGUGUGCACUUUAAAUCUCGAAAUUUCGGAUGCAACCUCUGCGGCAGCCAGUUCGCAAGAAAGGACACACUUAGAAGGUAUUUCUCCCUGCGAAACGCUCACCCAUUCGUUUCAUAGAACCUCUGUGGCGCUUUGGUACUAGCAUCUUGCAAUAGACACGUUGAGGAUGGUUGUCCAAAACGAUACGAAAUAAUGUCCCGCAAGGACCUGAGAAAUACUAGUGGGACGCCGUUGCAUGCCAGAAUCUCGAACUACGACGGCGUCUCGCCGAUGAGCCCCAUGCCGAUGCAAACCUCGUCAAGCCUCCCCCCUUUGUCACACUCUAUGCAGAACCUUGGCGGCAUUGGCCGCACAGAGCUUGUCGACCAUCAAACCGGCUAUCUCUCCUUCUAGGAUAAUAUCAUACGACGUUGAAAAGUUCUUCUGGGC